GGGCGGCCCGAUCCUCGGCGGCGGCGGCGACGGCGGCGGCGGCGCUGACACCUCCCACCAUGGACAGCUUCGACUUAGCCCUGCUCCAGGAAUGGGACCUCGAGUCGCUGUGGGGUGAAGACAUCCUAAACCAGAGGAAUGACUCUCUAGUUGUGGAGUUUCAGUCGUCAGCCAGCAGAUGCAGGAGUGUCUACGAACCAGAUAGAAACGUGUUACGGAGAAAAGAACGAGAGAGAAGAAAUCAGGAAACUCAGCAGGACGAUGGCACAUUUAAUUCGAGUUACUCCCUCUUUAGUGAACCCUACAAGACUAACAAGGGGGAUGAGCUCUCCAACCGGCUCCAGAACACUUUAGGCAAUUACGAUGAAAUGAAAGACUUUCUCACGGAUCGAUCAAACCAGAGUCAUCUUGUGGGUGUUCCCAAACCUGGGGUUCCUCAGGCUCCUGUGACCAAGAUUGAUGAACAUUUUGUGGCAGAUUCAAGAACCCAGACUCAACCAGCAUCCAUCUGCAGCACCACAUCCGCCCCAGCAGCCGUCCCCGGGCAGCAGAGUAAGCGGGGCACCGUGGGCUGGCAGAAGGCUGGGCACCCGCCAUCCGAUGGCCAACAGAGAGCAACACAACAGGGCGCUCUCAGGAACUUGCUUGGCGAUGGCGUUGGCAGACAGCAGCCGCGGACCAAACAGGUGUGCAAUGUCGAGGUGGGUCUUCAGACCCAGGACAGGCCCCCCGCUAUGGGAGCCAAGCACGGCGGCAGUGGCCACUGCGUGCAGAACUUUCCUCCCUCCCUGGCUUCGAAACCCAGCCUCGUCCAGCAGAAGCCUACCGCCUAUGUGCGGCCCAUGGACGGCCAAGAUCAGGCGCCCGAUGAGUCUCCGAAGCUGAAGUCGUCUACAGAGACUGGCGUGCACUGCUUGUACAGGGGAGUCCCGGCCGCCAAGUCGGAGUCAGCCAGAGCCAAGGCCAAGCUGUCCAAGUUCAGCAUCCCCAAGCAAGGAGAGGAGAGUCGAUCUGGAGAAACCAACAGCUGUGUUGAAGAAAUCAUUCGGGAGAUGACCUGGCCUCCACCGCUUGCUGCUAUUCAACCACCUGGCAAAGUGGAACCAAGCAAGUUUCCAUUUCCAAAUAAGGACUCUCAGCUUGCCUCCUCUGGACACAAUAAUCCAAAGAAAGGUGAUGCUGAGCCAGAGAGUCCAGACAAUGGCACAUCGAAUACAUCAAUGCUAGAGGAUGACCUUAAGCUAAGCAGCGAUGAAGAGGAAAAUGAACAGCAGGCAGCCCAGAGAACGGCCCUCCACGCUCUGUCUGACAGUGCCGGACUGCAGCCGGCCGACUGCAGGGCCUCGGCGCCCUCGAGCAAGGGCAGCAGCGGCGGCAGCAGCAGCAGUGGGAGCAGCUCCUCCAGCGACUCGGAGACCAGCUCGGGGUCCGACUCGGAGACGGAGAGCAGUUCCAGCGAGAGCGAGGGCAGCAAGCCUGCCCACUGCUCCAGCCCCGAGCCCCCCAAGCCCCGGCCUUGCGGCAACAGCAGGACCAACCACCGCAAGGAGCUGCGCUCGGCCGUGACCUGCGAGAAGCGCCGCACGCGGGGGCUGAGCCGGAUCGUCCCGAAAUCCAAGGAGUUCAUCGAGACGGAGUCGUCCUCUUCGUCCUCCUCCUCGGACUCGGACCUGGAGUCGGAGCAGGAGGACUACCCUCUGUCCAAGGCCGUGGCCGCAGCCGCCGCUGCCGCUGCCGCCUCCGCCUCCGGGAACGACCCGAGGCUGAAGGAGGCUCCCAGCAGCAUCAGCGGUGGCGGCCCCCGCGCUCCCGUGGGCUCCAUCAACGCCAGGACCACCAGCGACAUUGCCAAGGAGCUGGAGGAGCAGUUCUACACACUGGUCCCCUUCGGCCGCAACGAGCUUCUCUCCCCGUUGAAGGACAGUGACGAGGUCCGGUCACUCUGGGUCAAAAUUGACCUGACACUUCUGUCCAGGAUCCCGGAACACCUGCCCCAGGAGCCGGGGGUCUUGAGUGCUCCCGCGGCCAAGGACUCUGAGAGCGCGCCCCCGAGCCACGCAUCCGAGGCGCCCGUGGAAAAGACCUUGCCAAAAUCCAAGAGGAAACGCAAGUGUGACAAUGAAGACGACUACAGGGAGAUCAAGAAGGCCCCAGGAGAGAGGGAGAGCUCCUCACGACUGACCGCCUCUGCCAACAGUACUUUGCCCGCAAAUCAUUGCAGCAUGAACAUCAACAGCUUGGCAAUACCAAUAAAUAAAAAUGAAAAAAUGCUCCGGUCGCCCAUCUCACCCCUCUCCGACGCAUCUAAACACAAAUUCUCCGGCGAGGACUUAACUUCCUCCAGCAGAUCCAACAGCAACGGUCUGCUCACUUCCACCUCCUCCAACAAAAAGCAUAAGGUGGAGAGCCAGCUGCAGACGCACGCCGCGGACCUCACGAAAGCGGCUCACAACAAUUCCGAAAGCAUUCUCCACAAGUCACGGCCACAGACAGAGCCCUGGUCUCCAGGCGCCAACGGCCACCGGGACUGCAAGAGGCAGAAACUCAUCUUCGAUGAUAUGCCACGCAGUGCAGAUUAUUUUAUGCAAGAAGCUAAGCGAAUGAAGCAUAAAGCAGAUGCGAUGGUGGAAAAGUUUGGAAAGGCUCUGAACUAUGCAGAAGCAGCCUUGUCAUUCAUUGAGUGUGGAAAUGCCAUGGAACAGGGCCCCAUGGAGUCCAAAUCUCCUUACACCAUGUAUUCAGAGACAGUUGAGCUAAUCAGGUAUGCCAUGAGACUAAAAACGCACUCCAGCCCCAAUGCCACACCAGAGGAUAAACAGCUGGCUGCUUUAUGUUACCGAUGCCUGGCUCUUCUGUACUGGAGGAUGUUUCGACUCAAAAGGGAUCACGCUGUGAAGUAUUCAAAAGCACUUAUCGACUAUUUCAAGAAUUCAUCUAAAGCUGCCCAAGCCCCAUCUCCAUGGGGGGCCAGUGGAAAGAGCACUGGAACCCCAUCCCCCAUGUCUCCCAACCCGUCCCCCACCGGCUCCGUGGGCUCUCAGGGGAGCCUGUCCAACGCCAACACCCUGUCCCCAUCAACCAUCGUCAGCAUCCCACAGCGCAUCCACCAGAUGGCAGCCAACCACGUCAGCAUCACCAACAGCAUCCUCCACAGCUACGACUACUGGGAGAUGGCGGACAACCUGGCCAAGGAAAACAGAGAAUUCUUCAACGACCUGGACCUGCUCAUGGGGCCGGUCACACUGCACAGCAGCAUGGAGCAUCUGGUCCAGUACUCCCAGCAGGGCCUGCACUGGCUGCGGAACAGCGCCCACCUGGCCUGAACGCCGCCCCGGCCACGGCGGGUGCGUCUCCAGGACGGCCCAGCGCUUCUGGACACUGUGCUCCCCACCUUCCCGGCCGCAGCAUUUCUCGAAAGGCGGUGAAUAUUUUUCAGCAUCAAACAGCAGUCUGUUCUCCCAGGGCGUGUGUGUUUGUGUGUGUGGGUGUGGAAUAAGCUGCUGGUGGAGGUGUGUAAGACACGACAGUUCUCUAGAACACUCUCCUUUGUCUAGUUUCCAGCAUCCCAGGCUAGACAAAGUGAUCUGAUGUUUCUGAUUAGAGAAAACACACUCACUCACACACACACACACACACAUUUUCUAGUUCAAAGCUCAACCGUGACUUCUUAAAAUAUUCAACCAAAAUCUCAUGGGUUAGUGAACCAGGUGCAAUAUAGCACACCAAAAGCUUGACUGCCAGUUAAGAUGAACCCAGCUCUUAUACUAUUGAUUCCUUUCAGUAUUAAUAUACUUUUCUCCCAUUAUUUUUUUAUUGUCUGUAUUAAUGGGUUUUUGAAUAAUGAAAAUAAGUCAGUUAUUUUUGUGCUGGCUGUUUACUAGAUUGCAUGUUACCAAAUACCCUGCUUUUUGUCUAGUCCCUCCCCUCCUCCAUCCAAUUCUCUAUCUAACUCUACUAUCAACUAAACGUGUUAGACGCAAAUGAGUCAACUCCCAUGGGCCUUCCCUGCCCUGCCCCCCAAAAUAGGAUGACCAUGACCCUGACCCUGAGAUUUGGUGGGGGGGGUGGGGAAACUCUGUGUCUUUGAAAACGCACCCACAUGGAAGCAGCAACAGCUGUGUCCCUGGGCUCGGCGAGGAACUGACCCCCGCACAUGCCAGGAGCCCCCCGGCACGUGUGUUCCUUCCUCCUGCCACUGUGACCCCAGGGGCUGUGGAGCCCCGUGGGUUUGUCAGCCGAUACUUUUCAACAAGUCUUUUCUUUCCGUGAGACCUUUCUUACCCAUGUUCUUGGCCAAACGAGGACAUUGUCUCGGAUGUCCCUUCCCUCGGAAUCUGUCUGUUGCUUUGUCAGGCCAAGAACUGUUUGUUGCCAUGAUUCUGUCUAAUCCUCCCUGUCUUUGGAGUAAGUGCCGUGCGGACCUUGAAUGCAUUUUUGACCUGGGGGAUGUAUUUCAGGGUCUGAUGAGCAGGCUGCCCACCACAGAGCAGGUGAUCCCUGUAGUGAUUGCGGUUCUGUCUGGGGUAGCAGCGACCCGAACAUCACGCUUAAGCCCCUGUGCAUCUGGUACGUGUAUGUCUUCCCCCGAUUCUUUUUUGUUUUGUUUAAUUAAGUUUACAUUUUAGUUUUUUCAACAUUUUGUUUACAGUGUUUGUCUGAAAUUUCUUUUAUUGUCUGAAAUUUAUUUCUUUUAUUGUCUGAAAUUUAUUUCUUUUAUUGUCUCUUAUCAUACCCUAGAUUUAGUGUUCUUGUUAAAUAUAUUUGAAUACAAAGAUAUUGGUAAAAAAGAAAAACUCCUGGAAAGGAGGAUAUACCUUGUCAUGCUUUAAAAACAAAAAUAAUGACCUUGAUGCCUCUCACUUGACAAAAUUGCCCCAAGACAGCCUGAGAAAGACAGGUGAUGGGGUACAUGGAAUAAUCCAUUUUUCAAGGUGGUGGUAAUGUAAACAUUUAUAUCAGAUGCUAAUGGUCUCACUGGUUUGGUUGCAAUGUUAACAUUUUCAUCAGCCUGAUCUGUGGGUGAGAAAUCAGAUUGCUGUAAUCCCCUAGCUCUAAGCACUGAUUCAAAACUGUUCAAGUGAUUGAACAGCUUUGGCGAUUUGAAAUUCAUUCAAUGAACAAGUGAAGGCUUUGUGAAAUUUGUAUUUGGUGUUGGCCUUUAAGCAGCUGGAAAUAUUAACAAUACUUCUUUUUUCACAUUUAUCCAACUGCGGUGCUUCUGACAUUCCUUUCACUAAUUAUUACUAGAUUUCCCCUUCCCAUUGGGGUCUCACUUAAGACAUUUUUGUUUUUGUUUUUUUUGUUUUUUUUUUGGAGGACUGAGGCUUAGUUCUACUCACUGUUGCUGAAUUCUGAUGAAAUGUUCAGACUCUCACAUAAAAGGACGGCCCCCCAGUGUCCCUCGGGCGUUCCUGGGUGCCUUUCUGAUCUUAUCCACCUUUAAGCCCCAGGCCCCAUGGUGGCGUCCACGUAGUGUGCUCACAUGUAAAGGCACAGGCUGUCUUCAGCUGGUUGUGCCGCAGCACUGCAUCAGAACGCCGUGAGCCGUGGUCGUUUCCAACAAAACGUGAAACCAGUUAACUGGGGGCAGUCACAGCAUGCCGUUCUUCUCUGUCUCAUUUCAUUGGUGGAGCAUGUCGGGGCAGUGGUUGUUCCUUGCUUUGGCAUCAGUGCUUUUGAUAAGGAAGCAUCUUCUGAUCAUUGCUGGUUCCUUUUCUUUAGUUUUGUUCAAAGUAGAAAUAGCUUUCUUGUGUUUUCUGAUUAUGAAACUAACAGACACUCGUGGUGAAAAUUCAAACAAUACAAACAAGUGUAAAGUAGGAAGUACUCAGCCCCAACCCCCAGAGUCAGCACUGCUCACCCUUCCCUGUAUAUCCUUCGGGAGAGCCUCCCAUUUAAAUGUAGAAUGGCUAUCAUCAUUUCCUUCUAUUUGAAGACGUUAUUUCUUCAGAAGUUCAGUACAAGUUCAACUGGCCUUAUCCCUCCAUGACCUGAAUGGACCUGGAUCACAAUUGUUAGAAAUAUCUUUGAAAGAGAGGAACCCAAAUAUAUUCAUGAUUAAAGUGUGGGAUUUGUUACCAUUCGACACAGAUCAGACUUAGAUGCAGAAUUGUGCUUGGGAAGAGAGGUUCGGUUAAAACGUUAUUUCUGGAAACUUUCAAAUUGCAAACGGAAAAUCGGACCCACUGUCUAAAGAGAAAUGUACUGGAAAAAAAAAUCUGAAAAGUUGACAAACUGUGUAUUGGAUUGAACAUGUGGAAUCAACGCAGUGAGCUUUUCUGCACUAAAACGUACCCUCGUAUCUACAACAAAGAUGUGUGUAUUACAUAACAGUGAUGUGUACAUUUCUGACAUCCCAUACAUAAUAUACACAGUUUGUAUAAAUGCAUACAUUUAAAAAUAUAUAUGUACAGUGCAGCUACCAUAAAACUGUAGUACGCUUGAAGGAUAUGACCAGUGCCUAAUGUUGAGUAUAAGUCACUGCGUGUUUAAAUCACCUCGGAAGUGCAGUAAUUGUUAUCAAAUUAAUCAGUGCAGCCAACCUUAUUUAUGAACCACAUCUUUGAAACUGUGCAGUAGUAUAUACAUAUAUAUUUUUAAAUAACAUUUUUCACAGUUUUCCAGAGUUACUGUUGAAAUCUGUAUCACCAAAAAAAAAAAAAGCAAGAUUUUUUUUAAUGAUGUAGACACUCUCCAAACCCAGUAAUCUGUGUGUGAUUUCCUGUUUGUAGAUACCCAAGACACUUUAGCAGUCACCAGCCUUAAUGCAUGUACAGGAUAUUAUUGUGACUUAAUUUAUCUGCAGUUUUUAAUCCAUGUGAAAUUGGAAUUUAUAAACUGACUUGGAUUAACUAUGUCUGCCUUUCUAAGGUUGCAAAUGUUACAUUAAAUGAUUUAUGUUGUAAAUGAGAGACAUUGAGUUGUACGUAAGAAAAGAAAAAAUGUCCACCAAUUUCUGUGAAUAUUUUUACAAGGAAACUUCAGACUCAAAAUAUAUUCAAAUAAGCAUUCUGGUCCCCAGUUCAUAAUCUCUUUAGAAUGGACCUUGUAGUUUCAUAAAAAUUUUUAAAUGAUGCUUCCAACAUAUUAUCAUUACUAAGUCUGAUAUUUUUCAUGGGGGAAAAAAGUAAUGUUUUCAUUAUUGGAAGUAUAGUUUGCUACUUGUCUUUGCCAUUUCCCAGCAUAUUUACACACAUGUGUGUGAGAACACACCCACAGUGUCCCAGAAAAUGCUGAAUAGGAAGCUUAAGGGGAUUAUUUUGAUAGCUACACUGAUGCCUGUCCAACCAGCAGCCCCAGGACACCGUUUUACUCAACAUUCCAUAAUGACAGAAGUUAAUUCCCUCACUGUGUCUAUCAGGUUUUUCCAACUCUAACCAACAUGGUGGAAUAACGUCAGCAUUAUUGAGUGAAAUGAGAGAAUUUUGAACUACCGAAGACAAAGAUAUUAGACCAGUGGCUUCCCAUAAUACAUAUCUCCUCCAUGUGAGAGCGUUUUUUAUUAGCCUCAUAUUUUUUUACUCUUCUUUCUCCCCUUUUUCAUUCCUCUCCUCCCCAAGUUAAACUAAGUAGAAACAGAAACAGUAACAGAAAAAAGCAAUUACUUCACUUUUCCCAGCCUAUAUCUUUAUAUUCAAAUACGACAGCAGAACCCUAGCUCUGGUCACCACGAAGACCACCUCAUCUCAAAGAUGACCAGAGUGGGGUCCUUGGCUUUGCUUGCUCCAGAGACUACUGAACUUGGCACGCUUUCAGAGGUGGUUUGGGCUAAGAAAUGUCCAAUAGUCUUUCAAGAACUAUCUUCCCCUUAUGCAGUUUAGCCUACUACUCAGCUGAACUCUGUUCCCAUCAGAAUCCUAUUUUUAAGAAGUGGUGGCCCAGAAGGUAAAGAAUCUACCUGCAAUGCAGGGGACCAGGUUUGACUCCUGGGUCAGGAAGAUCCCCUGGAGAAGGAAAUGGCAACCCACUCCAGUAUUCUUGCCUGGGAAUCCCAGGGACAGAGGAGCCUGGCGGGCUACAGUCCAUGGGGUCGCAAAGAGUCGGACACAACUGAGCAAUUGACAUUUCACUGAAUCAACUGGAGUCUUAAGAGAUCUUUUUUUUAAUGAAAGGGAAAAAAAAAAAACCCAACAACAUAAACUGCAUUUCCAGCAAUCUGGAGCCAGAGUUUAUUUCCUUGUCUUCCCAUUCCCAGAAGAGCACAGUUUUUCAACAUUACAAACUUCCUAACAAAUAGCACAAGAAAUGUUCAGACUUUUGAGAUGCGUGUUUUCUUUGUUCAAACUGAAUCCUUCUGUAUGUCAUCAGAUGGGUGUGUUUGCUUGGCAUAAGGGAAAUUAUAAAACUCUGUUCUCAAAUGAAAUACAUCUGACCAUGGUUUGGUUUGGGUUUUAUUAUUUAAUUGGUGCUCUGAGGCAGCAUGGGGUGAAUUUGGGGUCAGUUGAAAGGGGAUUUAGGCUCACAGCUCUUACUUGUAGUAAUGGGAAUCAAGGGAUUAAAUCCCUCUGCGUUACUUUGAAAAUCCACCUCUUAUGACCAAUUGUGAACACACUGCUCUGAGGGAUGAAUUCAGGGUACUAAUUGCCAGUCAACACAAGGAUCAGCAUUUGUCUUUAAGCAUCAGGAAGCAAUGUUGAGACCUGAAAAGCCGGAGCAGGCUCAUUUCUAACACAGGAAAAGCUCAUCAGAAAAUGCUUAUAUCCAGCUAUGAUGUAAGAUAAUGCCAAUGUUUAGAAUUAUCGAAGAGUGCUCUUUGUUUAUAAAAAAUAAUCACAAUUUUCUUAUUUCUGUAUUGGUUUCCAAUGCUUUUUCAGUUUUUCAUAAAACAGGGCUGGUUUUUUUUUUUUCCUCCAGUAUUUUAUCUUCUCUUUAUUUCUAGAUGCCCAAAUGAGCAAAGAAAAUACUUACGACUGAGGAAUGUGCAUUACUUGACUGGGCAGUGUCUACCCACAGUAGCCAAAUGUAUGUGGCUUUUUAAGGAACAUCCUUUGAGUCUCCUGUUACCUUCAUCUACAGCGUGAAUGAUCACCAAGGCUGAAGUAUGGCCACAUAGUUCAGGUGUCAAAAAUCCUAAGCAUGUGAUACACUCAUCUUUAGUGAUAGGCACUUCCUUAGCCUUACCAGCUAUCUCUGGGAUCUGUUUGUAGGGCAAAAAACAAUAUUAACACUUUCCUCUGAGCAAUUUGCAAACUGAUUAUGAAUCCCCUGAAGUCCCCAGCACUGCCAACUCAACCCAAAAUUUCCUUCUCCAUGAGCUGACUUGAUUUUUUUUUUUUCAUUCCUUUGGUUGUUUUUUUUUUUUUCCUUCUAUCAGUCAGAUUCUGUAUCUUGACUGUUUAGAAGAACAGUUACUAGAGACAGUGGGAACUUUAAGCAAACAGAUUCAAUAUUGGAACUUGAUGAUGUUGAGGUUUGAAGGGUCAGGGGUAAAUCAGGCUGCCCAGGCACUCUCCUCCUUUGCUUGCUGCCCCUGGAUCUUGGAUAAAGCCCCUCUCCACAAUUCCAUUUCCUCUACGUGAAAUGUAGCCCAAUUAACUGCCGCUCCAAAGACCCAGUUGCGGAUCACCAGAUUCGAGCAGCAGUUGGAGACCCCAGUGGUCGCCGGCAGCUGGAGUUAGCAUCACUGUCACAACAGAGGCGCCUGCAGCCCAGUCUCUCUACGUACCAUGAUGCAAAGGUGUGUGAUGUGCAAGGUCCCAGCUCCAACCUGGUUCUCUGGAACCAAGAGGAUGACAGUGGGGUCUCCAUGGGACCCCCGAGCUUUUGCUGUUACCCCUUUUGAGUCCAACCUGCUGGUAGGCAGGGCUCUAAUAGAUCGGUGAGGGGGCAGGGGUCUGUCCUUGCCAGGUCCCCUGCAGGUGGGGGUAUAAUCCCACCACCCUCUUCCUCGUCCCAUCCUGGCCCUAAGAAACAGGGGAAGCGGGGACAUGGGGUCCCGCUCCCCGUGGGUGCCUCUUCAGUGAGAACACAGCCUGCCUCUAGACCACCAGGCUCUGAACACACCGGUCUGGCCAGAUGCCACACGGCACCGUCUGUCAGGACCCAUGCUCUCCUGGCUUUCCUUUGAUGCCAGGAGGCCAGUUCUCGUCAUGAGAAUCCUGCCCCUCUGGUGGUGACUUUUUUUGUUGUUUGGGGCUAGUGGGGUGGAGGACAGUUGCUCUGGGAGGUUUGUCCCUGAGAAAGGAGACCUGUCACAAGGGACUGGUCACAAGGGUAUGUCACAAGCUUCAGGAAAGCAGAGACCCCUCCUGAGGAAAGGAGGGGUUUUCCCUCUAGUGGGCUAGAUAAUUGCCUCAGUGUUAUUGCUUAAUUGUAGGCUAACCCUCAGUCAGGCUCCCUGGAGAGGGAGCGUCAGCCUGAGAACUCAGUGGCUUUGUGAGAAUGACCACUCUCCCUCCAAGCAUCAAGACAGAGACUGGAAAUCUGACCAUUGACCUGACUGUCAUCACUGAGGUCAAGGCAUAAAUGUUCAGUUGAGGUUUUCAGCUUUUACCUAAUAUUUCUAUUAUUUAGACAUGGGGGCUUCCUUGUGUCCCACAAUGGGUGCUUUGAGCUUAACCGAAAUAAUCAUGAAACGCUCAUUCAGAAGGGCCCCUUGUCAUACUCACUGGAAACCCUUUCCUAGUCUUUCUUUAGGACAAAAGGGCAACAACUGACCGUCAUGAAAGUCCCAGCCUGAUUUAAGCCCAAAUUAUAUCAGUACCCUUUCCCCAGCAGCACAACACCAAGGUGGACUCCAGGUGUUUAGAUUAAUAUUAGCAUGAGGAGGUGGAGAUUCACCAGCUAGACGCUCAGAUUUCAUCUCAUCUCAGGCAGGAUGUUAAGGAACAGACAGGCCUACUACAGCGCAACAGCGGGUUACCGCCAAGGUUCUGUGAAAUCAAGCUCAAAGUCACUCACACAGUUUGCCUCCGCCGGAGCAGGAAUUUUAAUUCCACCAUUUUCCUUUUGCUGUGUCAUCUUGGAUGUUUAUUCAUGGAGCUGGCAAUUCUAAUUCAAGAUUUCAGUGUGGGAAUAUCAGAGGCCCAGCGUGUCACACUAAACACCUUUUCACAUUCUGCACCUUGGUCUUGGGAAAGCUGCCAGCCACUUAGAAACCAGCUCAUCUCCCGUGAGACAUCUCCAGCCAUCCAGUUGAAGCAGCCACCAAACCAAAAUAAAAGGGCCUUCAUUUUCUCUUACAGGAAUUGGUCUUAAGAUUAUUUCAACAAUUGAAGAGGAUUUUAAGUCAGACAGUUCUAUACAGUAAUAUAUGCUGUAAAAAUGUAUAUACUGUAGCAUUGAUUAUAGAGUGCUAUAUUUAUUAACAUCAAAUACUGUUUUCAUUUUUGUCUAGCUGUUCACUAUUAAAAGAGCUUAAGUUCA